AUGCCGGAGGACGGAGAGAAAGCUGCAUCGGGAAACCAUGCACGCGCCGACACGCCCGCGGGCCGAUGUGGACAGGGCACGUGCAGGAAGGAUCGGGACCAACGGGGGCGGGAAGCACGAAGAUGCGUGGAGAAGGGUAACGGGGAGGAGGGAGAGGUCACCUCGAAGGAGGCGGUGGGGGGGGCGCGGCCCGCCCGGCCCGCCCGCUGGGCGCAGCUCGCAGCCGCCCCAGAAGGCGCGCAGGCCCUCGCGGCAGGCCAGCAGCGCAGCGGGUCCCGGCGCGGCCGGAUCAGCCGUCGCCGCCUCGAGGAAGGAACACGUGGCACCACGAGAGCACUGCAAGACUGA